AUGUGGGAUUUCAACCAUUGCGACGCCCGUCGCUGCACGGGCCGCAAGCUUUCGCGCCACGGAAUUGUUCGCUCCGUCCGACCGACGACCUCCAUCCCCGGCGUUGUUCUCUCCCCCCAAGGCGCUAACGCCAUCUCACGCGAGGACGCCCCGAUGAUAGCUUCUGCGGGCCUCGGCGUCGUCGACUGCUCGUGGGCACGCCUGGAUGAGGUACCUUUUGAUCGCCUCCGCUCGGGCGCUGAUCGCCUCCUCCCAUUUCUCAUCGCCGCUAAUCCGGUCAAUUAUGGGAAACCGUUGCGCUUGUCGUGCGCGGAGGCCCUCGCUGCCGCCCUUCAUAUAGCAGGGUUCGGGGAGGAGGCAAGAAAUGUUAUGGCCAAGUUCGUGUGGGGCGACGGUUUUUUCACUCUUAAUAAGGAGCUUUUGGAUGCCUACGCGGAUUGUAAGAAUGGAAAGGAAGUUGUUAGCGUGCAGAAUGAGUACAUUGAGACGUGUGAGAGAGAGGUAAGGGAGAGGAAGGAGAGGGAGUACAAUCCCUUUCCUGACAUGACUUCGAGCGAGGAGGAUGACGAAGAGGAGGAUGACGGCCGUGGUGUGGAAGAUGAGGCAAACAGCGGGGAUCGCGGUGAUGACCUCAAGCCGCCGCGGCUUGAGAAAGAGGAGCCUGACUCUGAGGCCGACGGCAUGACUGGUUCAUCGGUUAACAAAGAGGUUUAUGUAAAUUCCCAAGAACAGAAUGAUGCCCCGGAUGCACCUAUCGCAGAGGCUGCUGCUUUGCAAAUAGAAGAUGAAGCGCCCGCUACUGGAGGGUGA